UGUUUGUUUUUGUUGCGGAAUUAGCAGAUUGCCACAGAUUAAAGUUUUUAGUGACAGAGAUAGGAUGUGAACAACGAAAAUUUAUUGAAAACCUAUAAACAGCAUACAUAAUGUGCAAUCGUCUACAACAUUUACAAAAUCUAAAAAACGUAUUCCUCAAAUCUGUGGAGUCGGUGCAGCCACACAAUUUGCUAUCAUCCGCCAACAACUACAAUUUGGUGCCACGGCCAUUGGGUGAUGGCAAAAAAUUAUGCAUACAACUGCAAGGAAAGUGUGUAGAUAUUAGUGAUAAACGUUGUCAUGCAGUGGGUUUUGGAAAGGCAGUCUUGGGCAUGGCGGUGCAAUUGGAGGCAGCCUUAGGAGAUGCAUUGCAACAGGGUAUUUUAAGCAUACCAAAGGGUAGUCGCCAUCAAUUUCAACAUCAUAAAAAUAUGUGCCUUAAAACUGACACCGUAUUCAAAGUCUAUGAGGGAGCGGAAAAUAAUCAACCCGAUGAUAUUGCCCUUCAAGCUGCCAUGGACAUAAAGAAUUUAGCAAAAACCUUAACCAAAAACGACAUUCUAUUCGUUUUGAUAUCUGGCGGUGGUUCAGCUCUACUGCCCCUACCCAAAGAACCUUUAAAGUUGACGGAGAAAAUGCAACUCAUCAAAAGUCUAAGCAAUAAGGGAGCCUCUAUACAAGAAAUGAAUCAAGUACGCAUUGCCUUGUCCUCCAUUAAAGGAGGACAAUUAGCUGCGGCCGCUUCUCAAGCUUCUGCCGUUAUAUCUUUUGUAAUCAGUGAUAUUGUUGGAGAUCCUGUAGACCUAAUAGCCAGUGGGCCCACUUGGGUGGCGGCCUCAAGACAAACUACACCCCAAGAGAUAUUGGAGAAAUAUAAAUUAUGGAAUGAUUUACCGCAGCACAUUAAAAUGGUCAUACACAAAGGCGACACUAAUGAAAACCAACAGCUGCUGAAUAACACCAUAUAUGUGGUGGGUGAUAAUCGUGUGGCCACUUCAAUGGCCGUAUCAGAAGCCAUUAACUGCAAUUAUAAUCCAUUUAUAGCCUCCACCACCAUGCAAGGAGAUGUGGGGGCUUUGGUGGAAGCCUACUGUGAUUUCCUAAAGGCCAUCUAUGAGUUUCAAAAUGGAGUGAUUGAAGAAUUUGAAUUGAGCAAAAGAUUUCCCUUUGAUUCAAGAAUUUUUCAACAUUUUCUUAAAACGUUGCUGAUGUGCCAAAAGACCAAAAAGCCGUUACUAUUGAUAACUGCUGGGGAGCCCACGGUGAAGGUAACUGGCACCGGUCUUGGAGGCCGCAAUCAGCAACUGGCCUUGCUUUUGUCCUUGGAAUUCCAUCGCCAUGAACUUUUGCGCAAUGUCUGCUUUCUUAGCGCUGGCACCGAUGGCAUAGAUGGACCCACAACUGCAGCUGGAGCUUUGGCCUGCUCUGAAGUUGUUGACGAUUUCUUGAAACAAAAUUCCAAUGACUACAAAGCUUUGCAAUCGUUUGUAGACAAUAACGAUUCGUUUAAUUUUUAUAAACAACUUAAUGGUGGAGACUAUCAUGUGAUCACUGGCCACACUGGAACUAAUGUUAUGGACAUGCAUUUAUUUUUGUUGUUAUAAUAAAAAGAAAGAAUGGGAGACCUUUGGAACACCGAAACUAAA